CGAUGCAUGACGGGAACUGCAGUCCGCAGACGAGCGGAGAGCAAGGCAUGCCGAUCUUAACAUCAGUGGAACAUAAAAGACCACAAGCGCCUCUCCACCCAAGAGCAUGAUGGGAAACCGAUUUCUUUCCCCCGAAGCCUCAUUGAGCUAGAAAGCUAUUUCCCCGCCCCCGGCCUGGAGUCUAAUUGGCUCCUCCUCUCAGUCCUGCUCGGGAAAGACCUCCUGCGAUUGGCUGGACCUUUUAUUAUUAUUUUUUCCCCUCUGAGGGCGUCCGUUGAUUGGCCAGGGCGAGGAAGGGGGCGCGGCUGCCGGGCUCCCGGCUCCUUGUGUGGCGGGACAUGGCGGCGAGCGCAGCGGCGGCGAUGGCGGCGGCAGCGGCGUCCGCAGUGGGGCCGGGGGCGGCGGCGGCGCGCGUCUCCUGCGGGAGGGACUUGAGCUGCGUCCCGGAAGUGGCGGGCACCCUGGGAGCGGUCGCCAGGCAGGGGUGAGAGGGACCACGUGGUCCUCUGCUGACCUUUGACCCCUCCCUUAAGCGUGCCAUGGUGACCCCUGACCUCUACCUGCGGGUCACCUGGGAUCAUCCUGGGCUGAGGGCUGGUUGGGUUUGCUUUGAUUUAUUUUUUUUAAUGCCUUCCCAUUUACUCAGGAUCCCUGGGGUGACCUCUGACCCCAGGGGAGGUCAUGCCACCUGACCCUUGACCUCAGAGAAUGCAAAGGUGCUGCCUCUGUGUGGCUUCAACAGCUUCCCAGCAGGCAGAGACUCCCCUACCAUAGAAGAUUGUAGAAUGGUAGAGUUGGAAGGGGCCCUCCAAGAGUCAUCUAGUCCACCCCCCUGCAACACAGGAAUCUCAUCUAAAGCAUCCAUGACAGGUGGCCAUCCAGCCUCUGCUUAUAAACCUCCAGUGAAGGAAAGUCCACUACCACCCGAGGGAGACCGUUCCACUUUUGAACAGAAAGAUGGGGAUCAUUGCAUCCGCUUCAUAGAUCAGGACAAUGGAACCUUUGGCAUUCCUGAUCUUGCUGGCCUACAGCUUUUGUAACCCAGUCAAGGGGUCGGCCGCCAUGGCUGGGGCUGACACAACUGGAGUCUAUAACAGCAUCUGGAGGGCCACCGGCUCCCCAGCUCUGACGUAGAGGAACCUUCCCCUAGGGCAGCCUUUCUCAACCUGUGGGUCCCCAGAUGUUGAACUACAACUUCCAUCACCCCUAGCUAGCAAGACCAGAGCUCAGGGAUGAUGGGAGUUGUAGUCCAACAACAUCUGGGGGACCCACAGGUUGAGAACCGCUGCCCUAGGGUGUGGUGUCAACUCUGCUUGAUUUCUGCCACUGAGCUCACUGAUGAGUGAAGCAGGGCACAGUGGGUCAGUCUGGCUGUUUGAGCCCACCCAGGGAUGGCUGUGGGCAGGAUUCUUGCAGUGCAGGGAGUUGGACCGGAUGACCCUUAGGGUCCUUCCAACUCUAUGAUUCAUUGCGGAAACACUUAAACUGUGAGUUUCCGCACCCUCAGCCUUGUUUGGGAAGUAGCUUGCAACCACCUAGCCAGCCAUGAACUUUGAUAUCAUCUGGGUGAGUUGCUGUGUUUAGACACUACUUUCUAGCUUUGUAGUUACAUCCUUCGUCGUAUAUAUUUUGUAGGUCUUUGUACUGUAUAUUGUAAGAUUUCUUCUCAGUCAAAUUCCUGCGGUCACGAACCUGCAGAGCUAUAGGUGAAACCUGGCUAUUAAUGUGACCAUUGUUAGUGACAUAUUGAUGGCCUUGGAGGAGAAAAGAAAUUAACUUUUCCAACAAGUGAGCGUUUCCCCCAGUUCUUGCUCAAGCUUCAAUUCUGUCUCAAGGGAUUCUAUAGAAAAAACUCAACAAUUCACGGGAGACAGUGUUGAUUAUCACCACUAUAAAGAUAACAUCAUCCCCCAAAAGAAAAGAAAUGGGGAAGGGAUGUUGGUAUAAGCUGUACAACCGUAUUAAAAUUUUAAUCCACUAGUUAAUCAUUUUAAUCCAUUAAUUAAUAAACUUAGAAAAACUACAGGCAGCUUAUCUUUUUUUUUAAGCAUUUGCUAUCCCAUCUUUCAAUUAGUAGAGAUGCUGAAGGUGCUUAUGUUUUGAUUGGCAGGUUAAAACAACAACAAAAAACCAUGAAAUAAUCAGCGAUUAAAGAGAGAAGAGGCAGUAGGUAGCACGUGAACUAACAUUAUCAGGGAGGUUAAAUUUAAUUGCCUGGUUGGCCAAGUGGGAAGGAAAUGGUCUUGCACAACAAUUGAAGGCCAACAGAAUGAGUGGAUCUGCACUAUACUUUAAAGCUAUAUCAUGCGAGUUCAAACAGACAUAGCUUCCUCCAGAGGUCCCUGGGAAAAAGGAUUGAUUUAUUAAAGCACUCAGAGAAUUGUAGCUCUUUGAGGGGAAUAGGGAACUCCUGACAAUUCUCAGCACCCUUUGCAAACUGUGGCAUGAUACUGUUUUAAAUGUAUAGAAAAUGUGGGGUCUGUUUGUUAAGAUGCAACUCCCUUGUCAAACUCCAGAGACAUCCACAGAGAAGGUUCUUUUCUGCAUCCCAACCAAACAUAUCUCAGGUGCUGGUGGGAUGCAGUGUUGCCAUUUUAACUCGCAGUACCAGGAUCUUAACUUCUCAAUUUCCUCUCUCCUCACUCUGUAGGUUUGAUUUCCUUUGCAUGCCCAUUUUCCACCCUCGCUACAAGAGGGAGUUUUUCCAGGAGCCAGCUAAAAACCGACCGGGACCCCAGACACGCUCUGACCUCUUGCUCUCGGGGAGAGGUGAGAACUUGGGAGCCCAGAUUGCUGCUGUUGCUUUCUCUGUCCGUUAAAGACUGGGCGGGAAGUAAUGAAUUUAUUUACUUGUCAAAAUAUAGUGAUAUUCUCAAGGGCUUGGUGUAGGGAAGGCCCUUUGGUUUAUUUUUUAUUUAUUUAACUCUCUUUCUCUCUAGAUAUAUAUAUAUCUCACUUACUUUACCUCUAUGCAGUUUACCAGAAACAAAGUUUAAAAGAAAGGAACAAAAUCACAAUAAAAAGUACAGUCAUACCUUGGAAGACAAACGGAAUCUGUUCCAGAAGUCCAUUCGACUUCUAAAACAUUCGGAAACCAAAGUGCGGCUUCUGAUUGGCUGCAGGAAGCUCCUGCAGCCAAUCGGAAGCCACCUUCAGGUUCCAAAGAACUCACUUCCAGGUUUGUGGCGUUUGGGAGCCAAAACAUUCAACUUGCAAGGCGUUUGAGAUCCAAGGUACGACUGUAUGCCCAUCUCUAUAUCCUUAACCAGUGAUUGCCAGUUCAGACAAAUGUUUUCCACUACAAAUGCUGGGAGGUCUGGAUUUGGAUAAAAAUUUGGGGAGGGGAGAUAGUUCCUUAGGAGGAGGUCACUGAGUACUUGUUACUGUGUGACCCAUUGAGUAGUACAAGUUUUUUUUUAAUGAAAAAAAGCUUUCAUUUGGUUUUAAAGGGCAAGCUGCAUUCUCAUUGUGGCUAUUGGCUCUGAACAAGCUGUCUGUCUCCCCCCAAAUGAAUGGUCACAUUCUCCUUGACAUCCUGCUUCCUUGUAGACUGGAACACCCUGAUUGUGGGCAAACUGUCCCCAUGGAUCCGAGCAGACUCCAACGUGGAAAAGGUUCGCAGGAAUUCUGAGGCGGUGAGUGAGCUUGGCAACGAAGGGUUGGGAGGUGUUUCUAGAAUGGUCUACAAAGGUUUGCGUGCAGUGCUUGGGAGAGGGGGAAACUGUCCACCAAGACUUUAAAAACUACCUUGCCAUGUUAGACUCAAAACUCCGUCUUGGCCACCAUUUCAGAAGUGACCAGCCAGAUCAUAAGCAGGGGAUGCUGAUUUGUCUAUUAAAAUCUGUGUAAAUUCAAUUUAUUGUUGACGUGCUGAAUAAACAUUUCAGCAGAUGAUGUUCUGUGUGUUCCUGGCAUGUGGAAAGUGGAGGUAUCUGGCAUGGGAAUGCCUGGUCCUAACUAUCCUAACUAAUAUCGUCUGAAAUAUAAAUUAGUAUGUGCUUCCUUUUUUUGACCAGGUACUUGUAACUGGUCAAUAGCUUAAGGACCGCCUCUCCCCAUACAAACCGACUCAACCCUUCACUUGUCAUCUGAGGUCCUUCGCUAUGUCCUCACCCUCCCAGAGAGGUUCAGAGGGUGGCAGCAACAGAACAGGCCUUUUCUGUGGUGGUUCCCCAAUUGUGGAACGCUCUCUCUAGAGAGGCUCGCCUGGUGCCAUUGGUACAUUAGGCGCCAGACAAAAACUUUCCUCUAUACUCAGGCCUAUGGCUAUUAAAUAAUCUAUGACCUGUAAAAUUGUGGGACAGAAGAUGGUGAUUAUUUGAUUAUUAGGCUGUACAUUUGUAUGCUUUUUAACUAUGUUUUUAUUAUGUUUUUGUCACUGAUGUUCUGUAAUGUGUUUAUAAUAUUGUAUGCCACCCUGGCAUCAUUUGAUAAAGGGCGGCAUAUAAAUUGAAUUAAUAAUAAUAAUGCCAAUGGCUGUCAUGACAUCUGUGGCACUGAAUUCCAUAAAUUAAAUGUGUAUUGCAUAAAGGGACAGAGCUUUGGUCGUUCUAGCUCAGCAUCAGCCACUCUGAUUGGUGGAAACUCUCCAAGGUCUCCUUCCAGAUCUGCUACCUGAUAUUUUUUUAGCUAGAGAUUCCGACGAUUGAAUCUCUAGUCUUCUACAUGCAAAGCAGGCCCUGAGCCACUAAGCCAGGAGUAGCCAAUAUGGUACACUCUAGACCAGGGGUACACAACCUGCUCUACCUUCCAGAUGUUUCUGGACUACAACUCCCAUCAGCCCCAGCCAGCAUAGCCAGUGAUGAGGGAUGAUGGGAGUUGCAGUCCAGAAACAUCUGGAGGGCCGCAGGUUGUGCAUCCCUGUUCUAAGAUGCUGUUGGACUUCAACUAUCAUCAUACCCAGCAUGUGUGGUGUGGCCAUUGGUCAGAGAUGAUGGGAGUUGUAGUCCAACAAAAUCUGGAGGGCGCCAUCUUAGCUGCUGGCCAUUUCCAAUAGUUCUUCCUUUUGUUUUGCCCUGAACCUCUUGUUUGCUUGUUUCCUUGUAUCCUUGGAGUUCUUGUGGAGGGAAAAUGAGGUUUCCUUUCUUUUAUUGCAUUGCCCUUUCAAAAAGGAAACACCAGCCAUUCUAAACCUUCCUCCAGUUUUGCUGUACAGUAUAUCUUUACAAGUUUGAUUUUGGCAAUAAUUUUACAUGCUAUUCUAUGCUUUCUCUGUCCUCCGCAGGCCAUGUUACAGGAGCUGAAUUUUGGGGCGUACUUGGGACUCCCAGCGUUCCUGCUGCCUCUGAAGCAGGCAGACAACCCCAACUUGGCCCGCGUUCUGUGUAACCACAUCAAUACUGGGCAUCACACUUCCAUGGUAAGGGCAUCAAAUACUUCGCCCCCUGCCAUUAGAUCCACAGUACACCUGCAAAAACCUCACCUGCAUCCCUCUGACAUGCCACAUGUUUGUUGGUACAAAUGAAAAAAUAAAUGCCAUUCAAAGCAAUGCAAUGAAACACAAUACUACAACAACAACAUUUCUAUGCUGCCUAUCUGGCUAGGUUGUCCCAACCACUCUGGCUGGCUUCCAACAAAACAUUAAAAACGCAAUAAAACAUCAAACACUGAAAUUUUCCCUAUAUAGGGCUGCCUUCAGGUGUCUUCUAAAAGUCAGUUUCCAAAACGAAAACCCUAAUUUACCUUUCAUCGGAAUUUAUCUUUCAUCAGAAGGUGACGGAGGUUUCUAUGCAGAGGUUGGGUGGACAUCCACCAGGGAUUCUUUCCUUGUGAUUCCUGCAUUGCCGGGGGUGGGUUGGGCUAGAUGACCCCUGGGGGUUCAUUCCAUCCCUACGAUUCUCUGAUUUUGUCAAUAUACUCAGGCCAUUGUUGAAGACAAGGACCAACCAACACUUUCCUUCCUGCUUCAUGCAUGUGAUCAUUUCCCCCCUCCCCCAAAUUUAGUUCUGGAUGCGGGUCCCACUGCUGGCGCCUGAGGACUUGCGGGAUGACGUUAUCGAGAACGAAGCAGUGCAGGAGAUAGAGGACGAGUCCGCAGGCGAGGAGAAGACCUGGCAGUGGUGAGUGAGGAAUUGGCUGGCAGCAGGAACCUGGGUGGAAACUGGGAAGGCAGAGUCAGUUUGCUACUGAAUAAGAACAGAGUGCAAGUCACACUUUUAAAGCUGAGGUUUUGUUUGUUUUAUUUUCAUUUUAACCGCCCUGAGAUCUGUGGAUGAAGGGCGGUAUACAAAUUUAUUUUAAUUUUUUUAAAAAAAACAAUUAAUCUCUUCUUAUGAAACCUCUUGAAAUGACUUGGCAAUAAAUACAUAAUUUCAUUUAUGAGAACAGUUGGGACAAUCAUAUACAUAAAUAAACCUGUAUACAAACAAUUGCAAAGAGGCCCUUUUUCACCUGGAUGCAGCCCAGUACUUAAGGCAGAAGUGAGAUGGUUUCCAUAACCCCAUAUUCAUUUAUCCCAAACUGGGCAAGAAGUGAAUCGAGGGCUCUUGACCUUGCUAGAGGUUAUUGUCUCUCUUUAAAAGCAGGAGCGGAAUCCAGAUUCAUUCUUGGAACUCUUGUUACGCUGCUGAAGAACUAGAUACUGUGUUCUUUUUUUAAAAAAAGGUUUCAAUCCUUCAAUACCAGCUGUUUCAAUUCGUGUGGCCAUUUGUGGCAAAGUGUGGCUGCCCUUUUGGCUCGCCUCUCCCAAGACUCAACACCUGAGUCUUCUGACUCACCUCCUGAACACAUCAGUCAUUCCACUAGAUGCGUAAGCAAGUCCUGAGGGAGAAAGAGAGGAAGGAAGGGAGGGGAAGAGGACAAUGCAGGUCAGAGGAAGAGACAGGGGAUGCCAGCCUUCUCAUGGGGCCACAUGAGUUUCUUCUUUCUCCAGGUGGCACAAUUUCCGGACGCUGUGUGACUACAACAAGCGUGUUGCCGUGGGUGAGUGACGAGACGGGGGGGGCACCCCCAGAGGCUGGGGGAGGGAGGCUUGCACCCCAUGGCACCCUCAAGGUGCAGAGACUGGCGCCCCUUCUCUUCCUUUGACACCUUUUUGUGCCUUCUCCUCAGCGCUGGAGGUGGGCUCCGACCUGCCGUCCAACCACGUCAUUGACCGCUGGCUGGGGGAGCCAAUCAAAGCGGCCAUACUGCCCACCAGCAUCUUCCUGACCAAUAAGAAAGGCUUCCCUGUCCUCUCCAAGAUGCAUCAGCGCCUGGUCUUCCGCCUGCUGAAGGUCAGCUUCCCCCUUUUCUGCCUUGAGAACAGGAUGCUGGGCUGGAUCGGCCAUUGGCCGGAUCCAGCAGCCUCCUCUCACGUUCUUACCUGCUUCUUUCCAUCACUGGAACCCUGAGUUUAUCGCCUGUGUGAAGGGUUACCUGUCUAAAUUCUUCUCUACCUUUCCCAGAACAACUCUGGCUGUUGGAAAGAGCACGACGCCAUCCUCUCUAGGGCGCCAUUUUCUGCAACAAAGCCAUUUUGGGAGAGAGCCUUCCUUUUUGCGAGGGCAUGCAAGGAAUAAAAGGGGGGGGCAGAAUUAGCAGUAGAGAAUUCUGAGCGACGGCCCCACGUGAUUUUGCUAAAUUUAAUCCCCCUGAAGAGAAAACGUUAGCUCUACGUGUGAAAAGAUGUAUGACUAGAGCAGGUGCCUGGCAGGUAACUCCUGAGGGACUUGCAGUCUGUGAGGUUGAAGCCGGCAUCUGCUGGGAGAUCUAGCUAAGCCAAAAUAACCUGUGAUUGAAAUAAUCUUAUAUUAUUUGCCUGCUUGUUCCUGUCUCCAUCCCUCGCCUUCCCCUGUUUCUCUGGGUCUGUUUUUAGAUCUGGGGUGCGAACAUCCAGCAUGUGGGCUUAAUCCAGGCCUCCCUGCUCCACGUUAGACGUAAUGUCAGAUGCGGGGCUGGUAAAAGCUGAGCUUGAUUUGCAGAGCCUAUUGUAUGGCACUUCCCAAGAGUCCGGUGGUUGCCAGGCAUUUGCGAAGUGCUGUGCACGGGACUUUGACAGGUGUCAGUCAACUAUCAAAUGAUUGAUAGGCAGGCUUUGCAAAGGGGAGGUGAGGAACUGGCUUGCCAGGCCGGGAAGGUUCCCCGAAGCGUCAUGUACACAAUUAACGCUAACAAUAAUUUGCAGAGCGAUGGGUCACCAGGGUGGAUGAGCGGAUAUUUUAGUGUGAGCCGGGACGGUGUAGGGGUUAGACUGUUGGACUAAGAGACGGGAGACCAAGGUUCAAAUCUCCACUCGGCUGUGAAGCUGGCUAGGUGACCUUGGGUCUGUCACUGUCAGCCUGACCCUACUUCGCAGGGUUGUUGUGAGGAUAAAGGAGGGAGGCAGAGAACCCUGUACACCACUUUGAGCUCCUUGGGGAAAGGCUGGAUGUAAAGAAAUAAACUUGGCCCUUCCACUCCCUUCCCCCAGCUUGAGGUGCAGUUCAUCAUCACAGGCUCCCACCACCAUCCGGAAAAGGAGUUCUGCUCCUACCUGCAGUACCUGGAAUACCUGAGCCAGAACCGCCCUCCUCCUUCUGCCUACGAGCUCUUUGCAAAGGGCUAUGAAGACUAUCUCCAGUCCCCGCUGCAGGUGAGUCUCCUGGCUUCAAGGUCCUCUCCAGCUCUCAAUACGCGAGUUGCUCCCUCUCGGCCUUCAUUGUCCACCUCUGAAAACUGACCACUUUGGAUGUGCGAGAAGCAUCAGAUAAAAGAUGUUGCAAAGAGGACUGUUGUGUGUUUUGGCUGAAUCCCACCACCCUGGUGAGAAACCCACACUGAGGAAGUCUGCACAUAUUUUGCUUUGGCGUAACUUGCUUGGCUACGGUUUCCCGAGCGCCUCCUCUCCUGGCUGGUCAGCGCCCUUCCCAAAUUGCUCUGGGGGUGGGGGCAUGACAGGGAGCAGGUGAGACUGCCUCCCCUCCCCCGGCCUAUAGAGGCAAAGGGGCCCUCCCUGUUGGGCUGUCCUGUGCCAACGCCUCCUUUUGCACUUGCCUCUUCUUCCUCAUCUGACUUCCACUGCAACCAGGAUUGUUGCCCAACAACAACCAGGUUGUUGUUGGACUAAAAUAGUCUUAUCUAUCUCUGCAUGCUUUAGGAUGCUAAUAAAUUGUGAUGGUGAUGUUUUAGUUGAGAUUCCUGCAUUGCAGGGGUUGGACUAGAAUUCCCUCGGGGUCCCUUGCAGCUCUGUGAUCUUCCCAUUUGACCUCUGUAGUGUGUUACUUUGGUGUGUCUUCUCCAUCCACCCAUUUCCUUACCCGCAAUGCUGGAAGUCCUGCUCCUUAACAAACACCCAGCCCCUUUGUUUGCUGUGUUGCCCACACUGGGUGCGAAGCCUUUUUCCUUGUGGUGCUUUUUCCCCGCGCAGCCCCUGAUGGACAACCUGGAAUCGCAGACCUAUGAGGUGUUUGAGAAGGACCCUAUCAAGUACUCCCAGUACCAACAGGUUGGUGUGUGGUGGAGAAGAGGUGUGGGGCUUGCUGAGAGGGAGGUUGGAGCUAUGAGAGAGAGCCAAGAAGUGGGGAGGGAAAGGGUGGGGCGAGGGGUAUGUGGGGAGGAGCACAGGCCAAAUAUUUGUGCUUGGAUGGAACACAGAAGCUGGUUGGAGCACUGAAGGGCCAACAUGUUGUGGGAAGGAGGGAAAACUAGAGGGAAGGGUUGCUAAUGGGCCUUCCUGGUGUUGUUGGACUACAACUCCCAUCAGCCCCAGCUGAUGGCAAAUAGUCAGGGGUGAUGGGAGUUGUAGUCCAGCAGUGCCUGAAGGACACCACAUUUGGUCUAGAGAGAGGAGGCCUCACAAGGAACGUGUUUUGUGAAGGGGAGAUUGGAGUGGGAACAUUAUCAGCUAGUUCUCGAUGGCGGGGAGAGGAACUGGCUUUUACAGACGCACUCCAACCCAUUAUUCUCACCCUGUUAGGCGAUAUACAAGUGCCUCCUAGACCGUGUGCCUGAUGAGGAGAAAGAAACUAACGUUCAGUGAGUAAGAAUCCCAACGAUGAGCCGGGUUGGCCUCAUUUGACCGCCUUUGCGGAGGAUGCUGGGAAAUGGGAGGAUGUGGGAGGCACCCUUUGGCACUUUUUAGCCAGCCAUUUAUUGCCACGUUAUAUUUGUUUAUAAAAACAUUUCUAUAUCAGUAUGUCCAUAUAUAUGUAUGUAUGUAUGUAUGUGUGUGUGUAUAUAUGUGUGUGUGUGUUUGUGUGUAUAUAUGUGUGUGUGUGUGUGUGUACACACACACACACACACACACACACACACACACGUCAAAGCUGUUUACAGCAAUAAAAUCAUCAUUUUUAUUUGUAUGCCACCUUUCCACAGUUAAAAAAACAAUGCUCAAGGCGGCUUACAGCAUAACAAAAUUUACAUAAUUACAAAAGCCGUAAACAAUAAAUAAAUCACAUCAAAAAAAUACACAACCAAAUGGGAAACAAUUUCCACAUAAAUCAAAAUCUAAAACUAAGAAUUUUAAGCAAUACAAAACAUAUAAAAACAUAUAAAAAAAGUUUUAAGCAAUAAAAGCAUAGAACCGUACAAUAAAAACAUAUUAAAAGGUUAACAACAAACAUCGGUUAACCAUUGUGGAAGGACGUAUUUCCAACUGCCUGAUGGAAUAGAAAAGUUUUCAGCAGGGUCAGUAGUAGAUGAGCGGUCAGGGAAGCUUUGGUAAUAUACCAUUUCAGUUCUGUUCAGCUUGUGGUGCCACUUUAGUGGGGAUGAAACUCCUGUUUGGCACCACCUGCCCCAUUUUCCUUUCAUAUAUGUGGAUUAUAAGUUGAAAAGGGCCCUCUCCCUGUUUCUUCUUACUCGGCUUGAACUCCCAGAUCCUGUGAUCUGCACAGUGUCUUUCAAGCCGCCCCCCACCCGCAGGAGCAACAAAUUUACUGCCGGCUCUUCCAAGAAAGCUUGACAUCAAAACUACCACAGGGUGCACCCAGAGAAACACACCGUUUGAUGAAGCUUUCUCCUUUUUUGUCUCUGUCUUGCCCUGAGCGCAGGCUCCAGCAGUUUCUUGUAGCACAUUAAAAAUAAAUAAAGAGGAAUGAACAGUUCAGAAGCAGCGUUUCUCGUUUUUAAGAGAAAUUGGCACUCCUUCACUUUUAACUCUUCUCUCGCUGAGAAGACUGUGUUCGGGAGCGCUAGGCCUGUUUCCUGCGCACACUUAAAUUGGGAGCGAACACCAUUGAACCCUGCAGGACCACUCCUGAGGAGUAAAGGUCAAAAAUCCAACUGCGUGUGUUGGUUAAAAUGAAGAAGCCCAACUUGUGUUUGAACGUGGCCUAGCGGGAAUUGGCGUACUUCCUUCAGAAAUGGAGCACGGAUAAUGGCCUUCCCUCACAAGACGUAUGUGGGCCUUGAGUUUAUUGUGCUUUUGGGGUCUGCGUCAACGGCUCUUUCCAGCUGGUCAGCCAUCUUGCCCCCAUCUGGAGAAUAAGCUGCUUAGUUGCCUGUUAUUUUAGCACCCCUCCACAGAGCCUAGGACUUGCCGAUUAGAAGGUCGGCGGUUUGAAUCCCCACGACGGGGUGAGCUCCUGUUGUUCGGUCCCAGCUCCUGCCAACCUAGCAGUUCGAAAACACGUCAAAGUGCAAGUAGACAACUAGGUACCGCUCCGGCGGGAAGGUAAAUGGCGUUUCCAUGCGCUGCUCUGGUUCACCAGAAGUGGCAUAGUCAUGCUGGCCCCAUGACCCGGAAGCUGUACGCCGGCUCCCUCGGCCAAUAAAGCGAGAUGAGCGCUGCAACCCCAGAGUCGGCCACAACUGGACCUAAUGGUCAGGGGUCCCUUUACCUUUACAGCGUCUUCCUCCUUUUUCCCUUCUCUCCUUCCCCAUCUGCUCAGGGUGGUGAUGGUGCUUGGAGCAGGACGGGGGCCCCUUGUGAAUGCUUCCCUCCGCGCUGCGCGACAGGCCGACAGACACAUCAAGAUUUACGCUGUGGAGAAAAACCCCAAUGCUGUGGUGACGUAAGUACUUUAGCCCUUUUUCCCCCUGGGUGGAAAUGGAAAAGAAACGUUUUGUACCCACUCUUCUGUGAGGAGAGCAGGUGAAACCCACACAGGCCCCCGUACUGGCUGUGAGGAAAAGGAAACUGGAAAACUGCAGGAUUUUGGAAGGUUUACAGGACCGGGGCUCUGCUCUUCAUCCUGGACAAACUAACAAAUUGAAAGAUUUUUUUUUUUUUUUACAAUAGUUGGUGGUAAUGAUAACUUGAAGGUAUAAGAUUGCAUCAGUAAGUCCCCCGCAGGUCAUUGCAUCUUAUUGCCUCAGGCAAAUGCCCCAAAACAGGAACUGAGAUGGGAGAUAAUGCAGGAAACCGCAAUCUAGAAUGUUUUGCUGUCUGCAGAUUAACAGAUAGUGCAAAUUUUGCUCUCUGGCACCCCCCCUUCUUUGUUGUUGUUUCUUAACUGGGGAAGAGAAAAUGCCUUCUGAACUAGGGAGGGCUUGGGUUUCCUCUCUGUCCCCCUUCCCUUUGUAUUAUAUGUUAGUUUAAAAUGGAAGCUUCUAGGCAGAUACCUUGUACAUUGGUUUGUAUUCUUUGGGCAGGUUCCUAAUUAAUCAAUAGAUUUUAGCAGGCUGCUGAAAUAUAAUUACAGGCACAUUUGCACUCCCCGUUACUAAAUAUAACAGCAAUAAUACUAUUACGUCAUUGUGGCAUGAGGUGUGAAAAGGCUUUGUUCCUUCUUAGAGGCCUCACCCAACCCUGUCGUAUUCCCUAUAUAAGCUGCAGGUGGGAGACCUGAUGACACACUCGUUUUUUCCUUACUGGUGAGGAGGCUUCAUACUGUGAGUCAAGUGGGGAGUUUAGUUCACAGUGCCCCCAGGGAAAUGGCAUUGUCCUAGCCAGGUUUGGGGAACCUGAGGUCCUCUGGCUGUUGCUGGACUACAACUCCCAUGAGCCCUAGCAAGUAUGCCUGAUCGCAGUUGUAGUACAGCAACAGCAAAGGCUCCCCCACAACCAGUCCACACUGUAUAGAUGUAUUAAUGGGAAACAGCAAAAGUUUGCUUUUCCUGUGACUCUCCUUCUCAGCCUUGUGCGAACGUGGCGGUUAACUUGAAUGGCUUUCAAAGAGGAUUAGAGAAAUUCACAGAGGAUUAGGCUAUUGAUGGCUACUAACCCUUAUAGUAAGGCUCUCCUUCUGCUGCUGAGAUUACCAGUUACGAGAAACUGAAGCGCUCAUUGCAAUGAGGCUGAGGAAAUGUUCUUUCAUAUGUGGUGGACCUGUAAAAGGGUAAAAGAGUACUGGGAAAUAAUUUAUAAUGAAUUGAAAAAAAAUGUUUUAAAGCACUUUCCCAAAAAAGCCAGAGUCCUUUUUGUUGGGGAUAAUUCAGAUGGAAAUUCCCAGGUGUCAAAAAAGGUUAUUUAUGUAUGCCACUACGGUGGCCCGUGUUCUCUUAGCCCAAAAAUGAAAAGCGAGCGAUGUCCCAACCAAAGAAGGAUGGCAACUUAAAACUGAUGGAAUAUGUGCAGCUUGCGGAUCUAACUUAUAAAAUAAGAGAACAAGAAGAACAUUCGUUCUUCGUAAAGAUUUUAAAAUGUUUUUUGAAUAUAUGGAGGGAAAUUGUGUGCACUUGAAAACACUGGCAGCAUAAAGAUAAAUUCAACAGUGUAAGUAAGUUUUGAUGGAUGUAAUAAUGGAAUACUGAACGGUUUAGUUUAUAUAACAUAUGCAUGGAAAGAGGAGAAGGGAAGUCAUUGAUAUCUUAAGGUUGUUUAAAUGUGCAUUCUAAAUUGUAAAACAAAAUUUAAUAAAAAAAACCUGCAGUGCUGUUAAGCUCCAGUUUGCAGGCUUCUCCAAGGUGUCUUGUUGGCCACUGUGAGAGGAUAAUACUGGACCAGACGGGCCUGUAACUUGAUCCAGCAGGGCUUCCUCUGUAUUCUUACACACAGAUUAUAAAACCCCUCGUUUUGCAUUGUGGCAAUAAGGGGAAAGGUGGUGGAGCUGUGGCGUCGCCAGAACAAAGAGCCAGGGAAGGAAAAAGCUGGGAACAGUUACUCAUUCCAGCCUCCCUUUGAGUGGGGUUGAGGGGUCCACAUGCCCAUUCCUUGAGUCUCCCUGAUGUCCUUGUGGGAUUGAAAUGUCGGGAUAACCUGCUCUGCACACCAAGGUGUUUUAUGACCCUCCUAAGGAGCCUCAUAAGAAGAGCCCAGCUGAAUUGGGCCUAUCUAGUUCAGCAUCCUGUUCUCACAGUGACCAACCAGAUUCCUCUUCUGGGAGACCUACAAGCUGGACCUACCUGAGGGCAACAGCAGCUGAGGGUGAAACUGUGCCAGUUUGAGGCCCUUGACCUCUGCCUUCCCUUCCUGCAGGCUGGAGAGCUGGCAGUACGAGGAAUGGGGUUCCCAGGUGACGGUGGUCUCCUGCGACAUGCGUGAGUGGGAAGCCCCCGAGAAGGCUGACCUCAUGGUGUCGGAGUUGCUGGGGUCCUUUGCUGACAACGAGCUGUCCCCAGAGUGCCUGGAUGGGGCACAGCACUGUCUGAAAGGUGAGUGGGGUACAGUAAAGGGCAGCCCACGGACAGGGAGAGUAUAAUUUGGGGGGGUUGUUUUGAGUGGGGAGGGAGCACUGCUUUGAGCAUCUAGCAGCUAAGUGGGUUGGGGCUACCAGCCAAUUCCAAACACCUGAUGCCUUUUCCAUUCUCUCCAUACACAGAAGGAGGGGUGAGCAUCCCGGGCGACUACACCUCCUUCCUGGGCCCAAUCUCGUCCUCAAAGCUCUACAACGAAGUGCGUGUCUGUCGCGAGAAAGACCGCGACCCCGAGGUGAGACUUUCUCCAUGCCCCGUGAUCUGCAGUUCUGCAGCUGCUGCAUGCAUAAAAGAAAUAAAAACUGGUGUAUGUUGAAAAAGCAGGAUUCUGUGAUCUCUGUGAAUAACACAGGCAGAAAAUGGCAGUUUUCCUAACCACCAGUAAUGCAUGAAAACAUUGGGUCACGGUUAAAAAGAAAUACCCCUUUAUUGUUUCAAUACCACACACACACACAAAUGUAUUUGGAAGGAUAUGAGACCAGACAGCUAAAUUCAGCUAAGACAACAGUCUUGUAGCACCUGGAAGAUGGGAAUGUAUGUUACGGCCAUAAGCUUUCGUGAAAUGGACUCUUAUCCGGAAAAGCUUAUGUCAGUAUUGAACUUGCAGCUCCCAUCAGCCCAAACCUGCAUAGCCAACAACCAGAAAUGAUGGGACUUGUGGUUCAACAACAUCUGGACUGCACAGUGUUCGUUACUGAUGGCUUUUACGGCAUAAUAAAUGUGCUAGUUUUCCAUUUGCUACAAGAUGGCUCUCAUAUCACCUCUCAGACUCUUCUUUUGCAGGCUAAACACACCCAGCUCUCUCAACGUUUCCCCAUAAGGAUUGGCUUCUAGCCUAAAUGUAAUCAGAGGCGAAGAGCUUGUUACAGUAAGGACUAGACACUUGUUGUUAAAGAUUCGUAAAAGAAUCAGUGUUAAGAGCACGGGGAAUGACAUGGUCCAUAGGGACAGGAGAGAUUAGUGACAUGAACUGAGCUGUUUUGAACUUGUCAGUUCAAGUUCCACGAAGCCAGCAGACGAAGGAAGACAGUAUUCUUUUGAAGAAGGCCUAACACAGUUUUUGUACAACUGUCUCACUCCCCACCAUCCCAAAUAAUAGGAGGAAAUAAUUGCAAACCUUUUAACAUGGCUCUGUCAAGUACGACAAGCAGUCGGCGCCUAUGUAUGCAAGGUGAAUUUUAGAACGAUGUCCUAACAGUGUUUUGUCCUGUUCCUGUCUUUCACGUCCCCAGGCUCAGUUUGAAAUGCCUUACGUUGUCCGGCUUCACAACUUCCACCAGUUGGCACCCCCGCAGGCAUGCUUCUCCUUCAAGCACCCUAACCCAGGUAGGAGAACCCAGGUAGCAGAGGAGCGAAUCAUACGUUUCCUGCUGAGGAGGGUGGGGCUUCAACUAGCCACACGAUGUGGGGGGAACUGCUAGUCACACCUUUAAAAACUGAAUUGCCACAGAACCUGGGUUGGCACAGACCAGGUGAGUGGUGGGCGAUCAGCUUGUGCCCUUAAGAGAGCAAGGUGGGCUGUCCUGUGAGGGAGCGUGGCCUUGGCUGACCACACCCUCUUCCUUCUUGUAGACAGAGUCAAAGACAACAACCGCUACCAGACACUGGAGUUCCCCGUGGAUGUAAACACAGUGCUUCACGGUUUCGCAGGCUACUUUGAGACCACUCUGUAUGGAGACAUCACUCUCAGUAAGUUGAGGGGGAGAUAAGGGGGGUUAUUUAUUUCAUUUAAAUACUUUUAAACCUGUGAAAAGUAUGACAGGGCGGUGUGCAGCAUACAAAACUGCAACAAAAGCAAUUUAAAACGUCAGUAGCGACUGGUAGGUAAAAAUAAAUUUGUGUUGCAAAGGCCUGUCUGAAUAAUAGGGGUUUUUUUUAGAGACUCCCAAAAGGCAAGAAUUAAUAUUACAUUAUUUAUUAAAUUUGUAUACCGCUCCAUAUCUGUAGAUAUAGGGGUAAAAUUACAAUAUAAAAAACUACAAAAUACAUAAUAAAAAUAAGAGCAAAAACAACUCAACAGUCCCCCUUCCACAACACAUUUCAAAGGGCAUUGGAUGUCAGUCAGCCAAAGGCCUGGUCAGAAAGGAACAUUUUUGCCCGGCACUUAAAGGUGUAUAAUGUAAGUGCCAGCCCAAACUUCCUUGGGGGAGAGCAUCACACAAACAGGAAGCCACUACAGAAAAGGCUCGUUCUCCUGUUGCCAACCUUCAGGCCUCUCAUGGAGGCAGCACACGAAGAAGGGCCUCAGAUGAUGAUCUCAGGGUCCAGGUAGGUUCAUAGGGAGAGAGGCGGUGUUGAGGUAUUGCAGUUCUGAGCCAUUCUUGCUGAAUGGUUACUGCUGAACCUCUAAUGGCAGGGAGUUCCACAGGAUAGGGAACGUGUCGCACUGAAGGUUUGGUUCCUAGCAAAGGCCAACAGAAGCCCAGGUGGUGGGGAACCACCAGGUGUGCCCCCUCAGAGGCUGAAGGUGUGGAGUGAGCGGUCUUGCUUUGAUGUUGCAGAAUGUGCCUUUUUCAAUGUUUCCUCCACGUAGGUAUUCGGCCUGAGACUCACUCACCUGGCAUGUUUUCCUGGUUCCCUAUCUUCUUCCCUCUCAAGGUAAGUGCUUCCUUGAACGCUCCCUUGUAAGAGAGGAAGGCAUCCCUUGUUACCGCUGGGCGGUAAGACUUUGCGCCAGGGGAACCUCCAAGGUGAUAAGAACAGCUGUAGGAGGUUUACAUUCAGUGGGGGAAAACACAACAAUGUGUGCCAGGAUAAUCAAAUGCUAUUUAAGGCAACACGGUUUCUGUCUCCUCAUCUCUGUCUUUGCCACUUCUUCCCCCACUGUCUCUCUGCCUCUGCCCUCUUACACACCUUUUCUUUGCUUUUGAUCUCUUUUUGACUUUUUUCCUUUUUUUUUGUUGGUGGUGGUAGGACUGGGUGGUUCUUCUAAAUUGGUUUUCACAUCUAUAAGAAAACCUAUUUGGGGGGAAAAUAACAAAACAGGAUGCUCCCAGCUAGCCCACACAUUCCUAAUGCUUUAGGAUUAGGGCUGAGAGCACAAGGCUUUCAUCAAGAGUAGGCAGGUGAGAACUGUCUGAGCACAGGCUGAGCUUGAUGGAGCAGUGCCCCGUUUGCCCUAGUAGACUGCCUCCAGCGGAGAAAUUAUUUAUUAUUUCUCAAAUUAUUAGGUGCUUUCUUCUUCUUUGGCGAUUACUCGUAGCUGAGUAAGAUUGUCUUCCAUGAAAACAGCUUUAACAGUGACUCUGGAGGCCAAUUCUGGAUCCACACGUCCUUCCACAGUGGGGACAUAGGUUUCCAGGUGGGAACUGAUUAUGGUGAGGGUUUGCCAAAUGUGCCUUCCUCUUUGCACGUUUCUCCCUUUCGUCCUGAGUGUCUUCAAAGCCCAUGACACCUUUGGUAAAGGCUGUUCUCCAACUGGAGCACUCGCAGGCCAGUGUUUCCCAUUUGUUUGUGUUUAUGCAACAUUUUAAAAGACUUGCCUCGAGAGAGUCUUUAAACCUCUCUCUCGCCCAAGGCAACACAAAAUGACUUACAACCAAACAAGAGAAGGGAACCGCUGAGGGAAAAGGGACUUGUGGACAAAGGUUCCUGACAUAACACUGUGUUGGGGUGGUGCUAUCCUGGUUUGUGUAUGUACCCUCAGCUAUUAAUGCUCUUCUCCCCCCCCCCCCAGCAACCCAUGAAUGUGCAGGCAGGUGAGCGCAUUCGCGUGGCCUUCUGGCGCUGCAGCAACUCAAAGAAAGUGUGGUACGAGUGGGCCGUAGUCUCUCCCAUGUGCUCCGUCAUCCACAACCCCACAGGACGUUCCUACACCAUUGGACUAUGAGAGGAGUCAAGUCCAUUCCCCUUAACCAAGUUCUUCUUGCCGUCAGCCCUGAGACACAAGAAAUCCUUUUUCCACUCAGAGUAGCAUCAGAGACUGUGCAGAGGCCUGGAGGGGCUCCAACCUUGUUGCGGGUGUAGGUCCAGGAAAGGUCCAUUCUUAACACCUGCUAUUGUUCUAUGUGUUGCUUCCGGUCUGUGAAAUUUCAAUAAAGUCAUACAAAUGUGUAUUUGGA